CAUGCGUUAACAAACCUGCUUUUUUUAUCAUUUACAACUCAUUUUAUCAUUCAAAGUCGAUAUCUCUAUUGAAUUUCUGUGAAUUAAAUUACUUGGUAUUCUGUGAUCGUUCUCGAUAAAAAUGAUCCUCUCUCGUGUAGCCCGUACAACUUUUCAAUUACAGAAAAACCGACCGGUCAUCAGUGUUUUGUCAUCAAGGAAUGCAUCUUCAUCCGAGCUAAAAGAUGUAGUUGGUGCAAAGAUUAGUGAACAUGGCAAAAAAAUCAAAGAAUUUCGAGGUGUUUAUGGAAGUAAGGUUGUUGGUGAAGUUACUGUAGAUAUGAUCUAUGGUGGUAUGAGAGGAAUAAAAGCAUUGGCUACUGAAACCUCUUAUUUGGACCCUGAAGAAGGUAUUAGGUUCAGAGGUUAUUCAAUUCCUGAAUGUCGAGAUCUUUUACCCAAAGCACCCGGUGGUCAAGAACCUUUACCAGAAGGAUUAUUCUGGCUUUUAUUGACUGGUGAAGUGCCAACAGAAAACCAAGUAAAGAAUCUAUCAAAGGAAUGGGCAGCUCAUGCAGAUUUACCUGCUCAUGUAGUAACAAUGUUAAAUAAUUUCCCAGCUCAUCUUCAUCCAAUGUCUCAAUUUGCUGCGGCUAUUACUGCUUGUAAUACUGAAUCUGCUUUUGCUAAAGCAUACUCUGAAGGUGUUCACAAAUCAAAGUACUGGGAAUACACUUUUGACGAUGCAAUGAGUUUAAUCGCUAAACUGCCAACAAUUGCUGCCACUAUUUACCGAAAUCUUUAUCGAGAUGGUUCAUCAAUAGGUGCUAUUGAUCCCAACAAGGAUUGGUCAGCUAAUUUCGUUGAUAUGUUAGGAUUCAAGGAUGAAAAAUUCACUGAAUUAAUGCGACUAUAUCUCACCAUUCACAGUGAUCACGAAGGAGGUAAUGUAAGUGCUCAUGCUACUCAUCUUGUCGGAAGCGCUUUAUCUGAUCCAUACCUCUCAUUUGCUGCUGGUAUGUGUGGCUUAGCUGGGCCACUUCACGGUCUUGCCAACCAAGAAGUUUUGGUUUUUAUUACCAAAAUGCAACAACAAUUGGGUGAUAACCCAUCUGAAGCACAAAUUUCCGAUUUCUGUCGUAAAACUCUUGGAUCAGGACAGGUUAUUCCUGGUUAUGGUCACGCAGUUUUACGUAAAACUGAUCCUCGAUACACAGCGCAGCGAGAAUUCUGUUUAAAACAUUUACCAGACUAUCCAAUGUUUAAAUUAGUGUCUACAAUUUACAAAGUUGUUCCUCCUAUUCUCAUGGAGACUGGAAAAGUAAAAAACCCUUGGCCAAACGUUGACGCUCACAGUGGUGUGAUCCUUCAGUACUAUGGUCUGAAAGAAAUGACUUUCUAUACCGUUCUUUUUGGCGUCUCUCGUGCUCUUGGAGUCACUGCCUCAUUAGUCUGGGAUCGAGGACUUGGAUUACCCAUUGAACGACCCAAAUCAAUGACGAGCGAAGGUUUAAUGAAAAUGGUCGGCGCAUCAUGAAUAAAGUUAUAGUUAAUUGAAGAGAUAACGUAAUCCACCACAUUUAUCCACGAUACAACAGCAAGAGAAGCAUUCGAGUAAUUUAGGAGCAAUCAAGGAUAAACUGUCGCAAAAUCUAUUUUCAUUUCUCUCUCUCUACCUUUCUUUUCCUCUUUAUUUUUACUCUCUUUAUCUCUUUCUCUUACAAUCUCACUUUCAACACAAAUCACACACACACUCACGCAUACACCUUGUCUCUUUUUCGUUUUUCCCCACCUCUCUUUUUCUGUUUCUGUCUCAUCCUCUAUUUAAUAGCGAAAAAUUUAAAUUAUAAAAAUAAACCUCUUCCCAUUAUCCCAUUACAACAUGAAACCAAGAAGCUUGCUGCAUAAAAAUACCAUCUCAAUAAGAGUAAUUUAAAAUUAUGAAUUCUCCCAUAAACAUAAUAGCAAUAUAAAUAAAUUAAAACAAUGUUACAA